AUGCAAAUAACUGGAAUUAAUUCAUUUUUAUUUGGUGGCCUAGGAGGAGGUGGUGGAGGUUUGGGAGGAGGUGGAGGAUGUUGCUGUUGUUGUUGUUGUGGAGGUGGUGGAGGGGGAGGUGGUGGGUGUUGUGGAGGAGGGGGAGGUGGUGGGUGUUGUGGAGGCGGAGGAGGUGGGUGCUGUGGGGGUGGAGGAGGAGGAGGUUGUUGCGGAGGCGGUGGUGGAGGCUAUGGAGGAGGUGGAAGAGCAAUAGUUGUAAAUUGUGGUAAAGGAGGUGGCAACGGAUAUGGAGGUUAUGGAGGUGGUUGUGGUGGUGGAGGAGGAUGUGGUGGAGGCGGAGGAGGUUGUGGAUGUGGAGGAGGGUAUGGAGGCGGGGGAGGCUAUGUAGGUCCAAGUUGUGGGGGAGGGGGUGGUGGAGGUUGCAGAUGUGGUGGUGGAGGAGGAGGUUGUGGAGGUGGUGGCGGAGGAGGUUACGGAUGUGGUGGAGGAGGAGGUUGUGGUGGUGGUGGAGGUUGCGGAUGUAUUGGUGGUGGAGGUUGCGGAUGUGGUGGUGGUGGAGGAGGAGGUGGCGGAGGAGGUUGCGGAGGUGGUGGAGGUGGAUGUUCAGGAGGCCCACCACAAGUAAGCUGUUCCGGCGAAGGUUUGACAGAUAAAUUUUUAACAAAAAUUUCCCUAUCUCUAUAAGGAGGACCACCGCCAGUUGGACCCGCCAUCGAAUCACCUUGUGAACCUAAAUACGUUAUUGUCCGGCCAGUUGGAGAAGGUGGUGGAGGAGGAGGAUAUGCACAAAGUAUUCCAGUAGGAGGGUGUGGAAGUAGUGGUUGUGGAGGAGGGCCAAGUGGAUAUUCUACAGGUAA